UGAGUUUAUUUCUAUGUAUUUGUUUUAAUUUUUCCUUUUCCAUUAAAUCAUGAUAGAGACAAUGCUUUGUUUAAUUUGUCAGUUUGUACUUUCUAACAAAAAUAUAUUUUUGUAGAUAUCUAAGAAAGUAGCAUCAUGUUUGUAAAACUGUUAUUAUAUAGCAGUUUAACAAUCAUUGUACCGGUCUUUUCAAUCGACUGCCAGAGAAGCAAACUAAAUGAAAGAGUCAUGCUGGUGCAAUCAUCCUAUAUAAUACCUAAACAAUAUGAUAUCUUUCUUGCAUCAAUUACUACAAAUAAUUUUUUUAUCGGCAAAUGUAAUAUGAGUAUUGAGAUAUUACAAUCAAAACGUAACAUAUACUUGCCUAUAGAUAUAAAACAUGUUAUCGAUAUAACGGUGAUUAAAGAUCCAAAAUAUUUUCACCGAGAAAUAAUUCCUUAUAAACUGGUAGAUUGUUUGUAUGAUAAUGAGAAGAACAUUGCCGAAUAUAUAUUCUUAGAUAAUUUUUUGCCGAAUUAUUACAUCAUAAAACUAGAAUAUAUUAUAACUGAUGCAGAUCAAAAAAGAAUUUAUACAAAAAAUGAACAAUCGUUGGUAACAUAUGUUGAUACUAUUGGGACCCAACACAUGAUUCCAAGUUUGCCCCGAUUUUCUUCGAACGAGACCGAACUUCUUUUCUUCUCGCCCGCCUAUAAUAUUAUUAUAGAACAUCAAUAUUAUAAAGUUUUAUCAAAUAUGCCGAUACAAAAAAACGUAAUGAAGAAAAACGUGAUGAUAACACAUUUUCAUACGUUUGUAAGACCUAAAUAUUUUGUAUUUCUGGCGAACCAGACUGAUAUAUUUUUCAUGCCUGGUUCAAAUCACAGUAAAGUCAGGGUUGAUAUGUGGUGUGGAAUACACUGCGCAUUUGCACAUCAAAUUGUUCAAAAUAUAACUCUAUAUUUGUUUGAUAAAUGGAAACGCCUGAAUGAAACUUGGCAAAUAAAUCAUGUUGCAAUUCCGGAUUUUCCGGAAAAAGAGAGCAUCAUAAAUCUGGGCGUUGUUAUUUAUAGAGAAGCAGAUGUUACUUAUAUUGAGAAUGUCGAUUCUGUUGCACGUAAAAUUAAAAUUACUCACUUCAUAGCUCAGAAAGUAAUACAGGAAUGUUCUUAUUAUGAAAAUCCACUUUGGCCGUUAUUCUCUCUGUUAAAUGAGGCUAUUGUCACAUUUCUUGGAUUAUACGUCACCAAUCAGGCUAUCCCAAGUACUCGGAUGAUAGACUUGUUUGUGGUACAAAUUCAACAAGAAUCCCUUCAUUUCGAUACUGAAUAUAAUACAUCACUUUAUAACACAUCAUUCAACAUUUCUUUUGAACAUUACAGUUACAUUAAAGUACCCGGCAUAUUGCGUAGAUUACAAAAACUGAUUACUAAAGAGAUAUUUUGGCAGAGUAUCCGUAUAUAUGUAAAGGACAACAAGCCAACUCUUAACUAUUUUGGUGAAAUUAUGAAGAAUCUUUCGUACAAUCAAAAGUCUUCAUACAAGUCUACAUACAAUUUAACUCGUAUAAAGGAACUAACCACUAUGCUGCACAAGUCUCCAAUAAAACGAAUAUAUUAUACUGUAAUGGAAGUAAUACGAGAUUAUAAAACUUAUUAUUAUUCGAUUAAACCGAUAAAAAGGUUGAUAUCAAAUAAGUCGGCGGAUGAUUACAUAUCGGAUUCUACAGAGUUGAAUAACUCUAUGAUACAUAAUAUAGGACCGCUUAAGUUUCUGGUAUAUAAUUCAAAAGAAACUGGAUAUUAUCGAGUCAAUUACGAUAUCGAGAACUGGCGAAGAAUUACAAAUUAUCUAAAUUCUAAAAAUUAUAAUAAAAUACAUGUUUUGAAUCGUGCUCAAAUUAUCGAUGACGCUUUCCACUUAAUGAUAACAAACCAACUUAAUUCCACUGUAUUCUGGAAUAUUACAAAAUAUCUAUCACAAGAAACAGACUACGUGGCAUGGUAUCCUAUGUUCAAAGCUUUAGAAUAUCUGUCAAAUAUCUUUCUGUUUCAUGAAAAAAUAUAUUUUGAUAUCAAGGUGAAUGUACUAAUCUUACUAUACAAGUUGCUUGAUUCACUUAAAUACAAUGAACUUGAUUCUAAUGAACACGACCUUACAAAGAGUUUGAGAAUGGAUGCUGCGAAAUGGGCAUGUAAUCUUGAUGGUCGCAUAUGCAUAGAAACAGCCCAACAUAACUUAAAUCAACAUCUCGAGAAUCCAGAAAAGAAAGCGCUUUUGCCAUGGUGGAAAGAAUGGACAUAUUGUCAAGGUUUAAAAAUAUUGCACUAUCCUCUUAGCUAUGAAAGUAUGAAGGAUUCUCCUUGGUGGAAAGUAUUUCGUCUGGGAAAAGAAAAAUUUAAAACUAAAUUUUUAAAAUAUCUGUCUUGCCCUGAGGAUUCAAUAUUUAUCAUACCCUAUUUAAAUCUAAUAAAAAAUGAUAGUGCACCAUCGAUUAUAUUUUUAAAAGAUUUUUCCGAUAAAGAUUAUAUUAAUUAUUUUCUUUUUACUAUCGCGAAGCAUGCAAGGAAUCCUGUAGUACUCGACUUCAUAUUAAAAGAACUUGAGAACAUAAGACCUAGACAAAUCAGCGAGUAUGCAACAUUAACUGUAAUUAUUAAUCAUGUGUAUUCCACAAAUCAACUCAAAAAGAUAAACGACUUCUUCACAAAUAAAUUUUUUAAUGAAACGCAAGUUAAAUUAAAUGAAU